AUGAACUUCUACCGGCCAGCGCUCGGCCUUAUAGUAGCUGGUCUUAUGCAGGGAGUUCUGGGCCAGCCAAUAGCUCGAGUUCUGAUCUAUACGGCAACGAGAGCCUUUCGACAUGACUCAAUCCCUACCGCCGUCAACGCGUUACUGCAGCAAAGCAAGACGCUAAAUGUCGUUUUCGACCACACAGAAGACCAGAAUCAAUUCAAUGACGCUAAUCUAGCCAAAUACGAUGCAAUCAUGUUCGUCAGUACGACGGGAGAGGUGUUAGACGAUGCUGGGAAGGCGGCAUUCCAGAAGUACUUGAAUUUGGGGGGCAACUUUGUCGGAAUUCAUUCUUGCUCUGACUCGCUCGUCAAUACCACGUUCUAUGGGCAAGAAGUUGGUGCCUACUUCGACUAUCAUCCGGAGCUACAAAAUGCGACGGUCGAUGUGCUCGUCGACCAUCCAAGUACCCAAGGAUUACCGAAAGAAUGGCACAUCCAGGAGGAAAUGUAUAAUUUCAAAUCAGACCCGCGAAGCAUUGGGGCAGUCGUUGUUCUGGCCGCCAAUGAGUCCAGCUAUGUUGAUAAUGGAACCAGAAAGUUUAAUCAAGGUACCCCUCAUCCUUCUGCCUGGUACCAAGAGCAUGGAGCUGGCGUGGAAAAUGGAAACCCCGCUGGUCGCAGUUUUUAUACGAGCCUCGGUCAUCUCAAUGAGACCUGGCAGGAUGUUUUGUUCAUAUCCCAUGUAACUGGCGGGCUUAACUGGGCGCUCCAAGCCAACACUACUCUGGCAUUCAAUGCCCACGCGAAAGUGGGCAAUUCACCCUCUUCCCCGCCAUCGACUGGUCCAAGCCCGAGCCUUCCUUUACAUAGCGGAGACUCUAGCGGCGCCAUAGAAACGGCCCCGCAAAUCGCCCUUGUCGCAGCAGCAUCAACUCUGCUCAACAUCAUACUGUAG